AUGGAGCUGAAACACAUUGGGGCCGUUUGGGAUGAUCAAGACAAUUCCUGGAGAUUGUUCACCUCUGAAGACAUGGUGCAGGGUUACAAAGCACUUAAAAGACGAAAGAAGGCUAGGAUUGUGAAGAACAAUGCAGAUUUUCAGUUCACGGAAACACUUGGAGAAGCAACCAUGUCUUCUGUCAGGGGAACAACUGUGUCAAGAAAUAUGAUAUGUGUUAGUGUAGUUGUUGAUGCACGUUUUGAGUUUGAGGAACAACAGCUUAAUAGUCCAUCUGCCGGCAUUAUACACAAAUUCAAUGAAUUAGGCUCAUCUGCAGUAGAUAUGGACAUUACAAAUACAACUCCAAAGUCUACAAUUACUUCUGUGCGCGAGACGUUACCUGACAAAAUUGCAGCAAAUCGCCAUGUUAAUAGUCCAUCUACUGGCAUUUUAGACAACUCUGGAUUGCUAGGGUCAGCUGCAGUAGAUAUGGACAUUCCAUCUGCAACACCAAAGUCUACAAUAACAUCUCUGCGCGAGACGUGGAGAAGUGAUUCUUGCAAUAGCAAAUUCCAAAGACAUGAUCGAUCAAGUAGAACUCCCUUUGCUGACAUAACCAACAUGGUGCAACGCAAUACAUCACAUACCAAAUGUGACAGAGUUAAAGGGAAAGGGAAAAAUGCAGAAAUGCGGAGCAAUAAUGGAAUAGACCAAGGGAAAGGCAAAUCUGUUAAAUGGGAGGAUGCAACUAAAAAAGAGUGUAGUCGAAACCUGUUUGAGGAGGAAUUUAGUACUAAUCCUAGCAGUAACACAGUCUUAUAUGAUGAGGACUUGGAAGAGACUAGAUAUGAAGCACAAAUUUUAUCAGAUGAUUCCGAGACUGACCUGGAAAGUUCACACGAAGUUGAUUACGGAGAUGAGUUGUUUGAUGAUGAGAGUGAAGUAGAAAAUGAUACAGAGAAUAACAAUCCGAAUGAAACCAAAUCCCAGAAGCGGUGUACUCGUGGUUCCAAAUACCUUAUACCUGAGGAAUAUGCUACCCUUGGUGGCCCUUCAAAAAAAUGCAGCUCAUGCAAUGCUAUGAUGUGGCAUGAGGAGCGUGUGAACAAGAACGUGACAAAAGGCAAACCACUGUUCUCCAUAUGUUGCAGAAAAGGAGAAGUGAAAUUACCAGAUCCAUUGCCGACUCCAAGCUAUCUGAAUAAUCUUUAUAAAGAUUUAACUAGAGGCCCAGAUUUCCAAAGAAGCAUCAGGAUCUACAAUGCUAUGUUUGCCUUCACUUCUGCUGGUGGGAAUGUUGACCAUUCCAUAAACAAAGGAAGGGGACCCUACAUAUAUCGUCUAAAUGGCCAAAAUCACCACGUUUUUGGUUCUUUAAUUCCUGAUGAUGGGGACACUCCCAAAUUCUGUCAGCUCUACAUAUAUGACACAACAAAUGAGGUUAAUAAUCGUCUGCGUUGGGUGAAUGUUUCUGAUCAACAGCCUGUGGAUGCGGAGAUUGUUGAAGGAUUGAUUAGGAUGCUUGAUGAUACUAAUGAAUUGGCGAAAAAGUUCCGAAGUGCACGUGAUCGUUGGGAGAAUAACGAUAUUUGCGAUUUGAAAGUUGAACUUAAAGUAUGUCGUGCUGAGAAUGGCAGGGAGAACCAUAUAUCUGCUUCCGACGAAGUUGCUGGCAUAAUGGUUGGUUCUAGCUCAAACACUACUCCAGAUCGUGAUAUAAUCAUUGAGCCGAAGUUUGGAAAGCUACAACGGGUAUCCUACAUUCAUCCAAAACUGAUGGCACUACAAUAUCCUCUCCUUUUCCCAAAUGGUGAAGACGGAUACCAUGACAAGAUUCCAUUUCAGAGUGCUGAUUUGUCUAAUCUUAAAGAGCGAGAUUAUAUAUCAAUGAAAGAUUAUUAUGCUUACCGGUUCCACGUCAGGCCUAAUCAGUCUUUGACAGACCGUUUAGGAGGGAGGUUAUUCCAGCAGUAUGUUGUUGAUGCCUUUUCUUCCAUUGAACAAACACGUUUAUGGUGGUUUCGGAAGCAUCAAACAAUUCUGCGCAAUGAACUAUACAGUCAUAUUUGUGAUUCUGUUCGCAAAGGAGAUUUGGCUUCAUCUAAUGUCGGCAAAGGUGUCAUCUUACCAUCUGGAUUUGUUGGAUCAAAACGAUACAUGCAACAAAACUUUCAGGACGCGCUAGCUGUGUGCCGCCAUGUCGGUCACCCUGAUAUCUUCCUGACAAUGACAACUAAUCCACUGUGGGAUGAAAUUCAAAAGAUGAUGCAGUUUCUUCCGGGCUGUAAGUCUGAAAAUUCACCGGAUAUCAUAUCUCGAGUGUUUCGCUUAAAACUAGACCAGCUCACCACAGAUAUAAAGAAGAAAGCAUAUUUUGGUGUUUGUGUUGGAGUUUCAACAGUUAUGUACGUUGUAGAGUUUCAGAAACGAGGUCUUCCCCAUGUGCAUAUGCUAAUUUGGCUCGACAGUAAAUCCAAGAUUUAUCUGAAAAACAAUGUUGACAAAUUCGUGUCUGCGGAGAUACCUGAUCCUGUUAAGGAUCCUGUUGGAUAUGCUGCAGUGAAAGCUUUUAUGAUGCAUGGGCCAUGCGGACUGCAAAACACUAAAUCUCCCUGCAUGAAAGGUCUGAAAUGUAUCAGGUACGCUGCCAGGACGACAUUUGAUGAAAGUGGGUUUCCUAUUUACCGGAGGCGAAGACAGAACAUUACUGUUAAAGUUCGUAAUGCAGAGUUGGAUAACCAAUGGGUCGUCCCUUACAAUCGAGAUUUGUUGGUCAAGUAUCAAUGCCACAUGAACAUUGAGAUUUGCUGCCAUGCUCGGAGUCUGAAAUACCUCUUUAAGUAUUGCCUAAAGGGCCACGAUACUGCAACUGUACAUGUCACUGGAAGGAAGAAGCGAAGCUCAGUCCAGAAUCCCGGUGAAGGCCUAGAUGAAAUUGAUGCAUACUUUGAUGGUCGCUACAUCUGUGGUGCAGAGUCGGCUUACCGGAUUUUUGGUUUUCCUAUACACCAUCGCACAAUAUCUGUUGAGCGACUGCCAUUCCACUUACCAGGUCAAAAAAACUGCACAUUCCAUUCUAGCCAGCCAUUAGACAAGGUUGUUGAUCGUGAGAAGAAUAAGCUCAGCAAGUUGGAAGCAUUUUUCGAGUUAUGCACUGUUAAUGUGUGA